GUUAGAACCCGAUUCCGGUUCCGCAGGUUCUCCGCCUCUGCCGAUCAAGGGCAUCAGUCCUCGUCUCCACGCUGAGCGGCUUUUAUUCUGAAGGGCAGUUUGACGCGGAUGCUGUUUCCGGGGAGGUGAUGCUAACAGCUAACAGCCAGAAAACUUAAUUCCCGUCUCUUACCGAACCCAAACAGCCACCGAUUCCGCUCCGAACCGACCACGGCAGCUCGUCUCAUGCCGCGGCCGCACUAGAGGCUUCCGGCUGCUGCUCGCGACGCGCCCGCUCUCCAUGGCCACGGAGGAGUUAUACGAGGUGGAGCGGAUCAUCGAUAAACGGAAGAACAGGAAGGGGAAGGUGGAGUACCUGGUCAGGUGGAGAGGCUACGGCUCGGAGGGCGACACCUGGGAGCCUGAGGGCCACCUGUCCACCUGCAUGUCUUAUGUGCACGAGUUCAACCGACAGCACGCCGCGCAGCAGCGGGACAUCACCUUGUUGCGCUCCACCCGCAGCCCCCACUAUAGCUCCACCCACAGGCCCCACUGCAGGCCGCAGUCCACCGCCGCACCUGGAGACCCGGCACCGGUCCAGCUCGGCUCACCUCACCUGCCCUGCCCAGCGACUGUGGGGCCUCAUCGGGCUCCCCCCGCAGACGGCGCCCACCCCGCUCUGAUGGCGGCGCCUCAGGCUGGCUCCGCCCGCCGUAGCGUGGAUCUUUCUAAGAGCGGCAUCAAGAUUCUGGUUCCCAAGAGUCCCAUGAACUCCCGGCCGAACUCGGAGGACUCUCCCAUUGAAGCCGCUCAGAGCCUGGAGGCCGGCGCUCAGGAGGCUCACCUGGUUCCACCUGAGGUCGCUCUGCUGGAGAAACCCGCCGGCGUGCAGCUGGGCCCCGGCCAGGAGAGGGCCCGCAUGGGGACCCGCCCCCGCAGCCAGAACCCGCUGCCCCCGCUGCCCAGGGACCCCGUCACCCCCGCUGCCGUGCGCUCUCUCUGUGGCUCAGGGAGCUCGGCGCUGAUGGAGGCCGUGUCAUUGGGGGGGAUGUCGGCUGUUCAUAGCGUUACCGGGGCGACCGGCGUGAUGGGAAAGCGGCGCCAAGAGGAUCGCUCCACGUUCGAUAAGCGACUGAGGUGCAGCGUUCGUCAGACAGAGAGCGCCUAUCGGUACCGCGACAUCGUGGUGAAGAAGCAGGAUGGCUUCACCUACAUCCUGCUGUCCACCAAGAGCUCUGAGAACAACGCGCUCAACCCAGAGGUGAUGAAGGAGAUCCAGAGUGCCUUGGCAACCGCAGCGUCCGACGACAGCAAGCUGGUGCUGCUCGGGGCCGUCGGCAGCGCCUUCUGCUGCGGCCUGGACUUCCUGUAUUUCAUCAGAAGACUGGCGGACGACAGGAAGAAGGAGAGCAUCAAGAUGGCUGAAACCAUCAGGACUUUCGUCAACACCUUCAUCCAGUUCAAAAAGCCCAUUGUGGCGGCGGUGAACGGCCCGGCGCUGGGCCUCGGCGCCGCCCUCCUGCCUCUCUGUGAUGUGGUGUGGGCCAAUGAGAAGGCCUGGUUCCAGACUCCAUACAUGCUGUGUGGGCAGACGCCUGACGGCUGCUCCUCCUUCACCUUCCCCCGCAUCAUGGGGCUGGCCUCGGCCAACGAGCUGCUCUUGGGCGGCAGGAAGCUAACGGCUCAGGAGGCGUGUUCUAAAGGUUUGGUGUCGCAGGUUCUCUGGCCGGGAACCUUCACGCAGGAGGUGAUGCUGCGGGUCAAAGAACUGGUGGCAGUCGAUUCUCAGGUUCUACAAGAGUCCAAAGCCCUGAUGAGAAGCACCAGCCGAAGUGCUCUGGAGCAAGCCAAUGAGCGCGAGUGUGAAGCCCUGAAGAGGGUAUGGGGGUCGCUGCAGGGGACUGACUCCAUCCUGCAGUACCUGCAGAAAAGGACUGAGCUGUGCUAGAACCCAGACCUGAAGCUGGACUCGUUCUGCUAGAACCCAGACCUGAAGCUGGACUCGUUCUGCUAGAACCCAGACCUGAAGCUGGACUCGUUCUGCUUCCUCCGGUUCAGCACAACGCAGGAAGUUCUGGCCCAGCGGCCCGGUUCUGGGCUCACCGUAUCAGACGGCACACCAACACACCUGCUGGGUUCCACGCAGUCCUCCCCUGGUUCCCCGCGGUUCCUGUUCUCAGCCACAAUGACAGUAAACCAGCUCAGGUUCUGGACUACUUUGGGUCAGUGGUUCUGAGGUCUGCAGCCCCCCCCCCCAGGUCUGGAUCCACAUACAGGGGAUGCUGGUGAGCAUCCGUGAUGAAUUCUGGGUAAAUGGGGCGUGGGUCACAUUAAACGGUGUCACAUGA